UCUCUCUCUAAACAAAUAUUAAAAAAACCCAAAGUCCAAAUACCAAAUCAUUUCAUUUCGAACCUUCUAAGACUGCUUCUCUCCCUCUCUCUCUCUCUCUCUCUUGGAUUGAAAUUUUUUGAAUUAGCGUGUGGUGUUCGGCGGCGACGCCAUGAUUGCACUCUUCGUCCUGUAUAGGGAUGUCAAAAUCCUGAGUGUUUAGGGAUUUCUGUUUCUGAUUGCCUCUGCUUAGCUGUUUGCGGUCUUGUUGAUGAUAUAGUAGGCCUCAGGAUAUGGGAUGCCUGGUAUCAACACCGAAGGAUACUGGUGGAAAUAGAAGGAGGCCAGGAAACAUUGGGGAAGUUUCUGUAUAUGUUCCUGGUUUUCGGAUUCCUAAACCUGUUGAUUUCUUCCAGUCACUUGGUGAUCACUUGACCAAGAAUUUAUUGGAACGCCUAGUUGCCCUAAGAACUCGUAUUGUUGUAAUGGCUGGUCAAGAAGCUCCAACAGUCACAAGAACGAGGAGAAAAACCCAACAUGGAGGUUCAACCUUAGCUGAUCUUCAGCAGGCUCUAGAAGAUUACUUGCCCGUUCUUUUAGGACUAGUUAAAGAUGGAAGUCAGCUACAAUACAAGGUACAAUUUGUAUGGGUGAAUCAGGAGGAUGAUGCAGAGGAAACAGCCAUGUCUAAUGCUUGGUAUGAGGUGUUGUCAGUUUUGCAUUUGAUGGCAAUGCUAUCAUUAUCACAGGCCAACUUAUUACUUCUUCCCAGAACAUCUGGUGAUGGUUAUCAGUCAAAGGUAUCAGAAGAGAAUAGACGUGCUUCAGUUGAUAUUUUCUUGAGGGCAGCAGGAUACCUAGAUUGUGCUGUUCGACAUGUUCUCCCACAGUUGCCUGCUGAACUCAGGAGAAAUCUUCCAGUAGACCUAGCAGAAGGAGUUCUUCGAGCACUUUGCCUACAAGCAUUGGGACAGGGUGUUGACAUUCAACUUGGAAUGGCAAUUGAUAGUACCAAAGCUACUCUUGCAGUAAAGCGAAGACUUGCAUGUGAAAUGGUGAAGUACUGGCAGCAGGCUCAAGAUAACAUAAUGAACCUUCCACUAGCAAAUGGUUGGGGGGAAAAGCAUCGAUACUUAGUGAAGUGGAAAUAUGUCGAAGCAAAGGCUGCAGCAUAUUAUUAUCAUGGUUUGAUCCUUGAUGAGGGAAACACAGAAAAAUUCCAUGGGAUGGCUGUAGCCGCUUUGCAAGCGGCCGACGAGUAUUUCAAAGAAAGUAGGAAGGCUUGCGAGGCAUUUAAUGCAGCUCUUCCUCUGUCAAGAUAUCCGCCACUCUGGGGAACCAUGAAGUAUCUCUCUGAGAAAAUUCCAAAAGAUACGUCAAGCAAGGUUCGGAUAAACCGUGAUCUGUACUCUUAUGAAAGAAUCAUGGAAACAGCACCAACAUUGCCCGACUUUGCAUUGGCCCUGAAACCCGAUGAAUAUCAACUUCCUCCAGUGGACACCUCUUGGAACGAGGAGAAGAUUAAUGGAGGGCAAACUGGCAGCAACCAGCUCAAGGGUGACAGGAGAUGAGCAUUUAUCAUGUUUUUCAGAUUACAGCGGUACAGGGGCCACUCUUAAACACUGAAGCCCAUUUCAAAACCAGGUGGACUACAAUUCUUCAAUUGUUGUUGCGUGUACCAAAUGUCCAUUUUAGCCGUGUUUUUAUUUUUCCUUUUUAUUGAUUUUUUUGGGGUCCCUUCUCUCCCGCGAAGUAUAUGACCUACCCUUUGAUAGAGCUCUGUACAAGUUGCUGUUGUGUGUUAGUCGUUACCACAGAAAAUAAUAAAAUAUUAAAAAAGUUUCUUUGCUCA